GGCUACCUUCAGCCCACACAAACACCAUAUACCCCCUGGGCAGGUGUGUAAGAAGCCCCCUGUGACAAUGAGGACCCCCCCCAGCCUGCCUGCUCCACCCUUUCACACCCCCUCAAGGUAAAAGAAAAGCAGCCAGAGAAGGCUGAUCUUCAGGGUAGGAGGGAAGUUGGAGCCUGGCUGGGUUUCUUCUCUGCUGCUCCUCUGGCCGGCCAUGGGAACUUUUAAUCUUUGGACAGAUUACCUAGGUCUGGCAAGACUGGUUGGGGCUCUGCAUGAGGAAGAGGAGCCUGAUGUCAGGCUGGACCCCAAACCAGAGCCCAAGCCAAGCUCAGCAAGCCAGCAAGCCAGCAAGGAAUCCUCAGCAGCUCCAGAACGCCUAUGUUCAUUCUGCAAACACAAUGGCGAGUCUCGUGCGAUCUAUCAGUCCCAUGUCCUGAAGGAUGAGGCAGGGCGGGUGCUGUGUCCCAUCUUGCGAGAUUAUGUGUGUCCCCAGUGUGGGGCCACUCAGGAGCACGCCCACACUCGACGCUUCUGCCCACUCACCGGCCAGGGCUAUACUUCUGUCUACUGCUACACCACCCGGAAUUCUGCAGGCAAAAAGCUGACCCGGCCUGACAAGGCAAAGACACAGAAUGCUGGCCACCGCCUUGGAGGAGAAGCAGCAGCAGGUUCCAAAAGUGGCAGGAAGCCCCCUGGACCUUCACCCUCGGCCUGCUGUCCCUCCACUACGGCCUAGGAGCUUGGAGUGGGGAGGACCAUGGUGGCACCGUUGCCAGGGGUCUGGACACAGGCAUGCUGGAGACUGGACCUUGCUUAGGAUUGAGGCUGGCCACAGUCUUGUCAGAGGUUACCUUCCCCCACCCUGGCCCUGCUUGUGUUGUUGCCUCAGUGUCUAAUAAAUGCUAAGAAGUGGAGCCUG